AUGACGAAUAGAAAUCUAAACGGACAAGAACACCCAUCAAGUACAACAGGUCAAGUCCUAAUAGGCAGGAGGGAUAGAGGACCAGUUGGAACCGUGAAGUGGAAGUCAAUACCAAAAGAAAGGACUUCAAUUAAGGAAAAGCAGAAGGAAUCGAAGCCGUGUAGGGGUUCAGAUAGGAAACACCAACCAGCAAGCCCACUUAAGGGGCCCAGACAGUACCCCACCGAAGUAAAAGCUAAAGAAGCGAACCCCCCAAGAUUGAAUCAAUAA